GGCGCGCGCUCCGGGGCUCGCGCCGAGGGCUCGCGCCCCUGCCUCGUGCCUGCGCCGCUCGUAUGUAAAUGAGGGCGCGUGACGCGGGACGCAGAUGGACAAGGGAAGAGAGAGAAUGGCCGCUGCCGCCGCUGCUGCCGCCGCCGCCGCCGCUGCCGCUCAGUGCCGGAGCCCUCGGUGCGCGGCGGAGAGGAGAGGAUUCCGGCGGGAACUCGACUCUUGGCGCCACCGCCUCAUGCACUGUGUAGGUUUUGAGAGUAUUUUAGAAGGGCUUUAUGGACCACGGCUACGAAGAGACCUCAGUUUAUUUGAAGACUGUGAACCAGAAGAGCUGACUGACUGGUCUAUGGAUGAAAAAUGUUCAUUUUGUAACCUACAGAGAGAAGCAGUCAGUGAUUGUCUCCCAUCUCUUGAUUCUUCACAGUCAACGCCAACAGAGGAGCUAUCAUCUCAGGGCCAGUCCCACACUGAUAAGAUUGAAUGCCAAGCAGAAAAUUACCUAAAUGCACUCUUUCGAAAGAAAGAUCUUCCUCAGAACUGUGAUCCUAACAUUCCCUUAGUUGCUCAGGAAUUAAUGAAAAAGAUGAUACGUCAGUUUGCCAUUGAGUACAUUUCAAAAAGUGGUAAAAUUCAAGAAAAUAGAAAUGGUUCGAUUGGAGCAAGUCUCGUAUAUAAAAGUAUCCAAAUGAACCAAGCAGAGCACUGCAUUCAGGAUGAGCAGGAAGGCCCCUUAGACCUCACUGUGACUCGAACGCAAGAGCAAACCGCUCAGCAAGGGGAUGGAGUGUUAGAUCUCUCUACAAAGAAAACCAGCAUAAAAUCUGAAGAGUCGUCCAUAUGUGAUCCUUCUUCUGAAAAUGCAGUUGCUGGUUCAACUGUUGAUGCAAAAUCAGAGGAAGCUACUAAAAUGGAAAAAGGAAAAUCAGCAUUAAACAAAGUUUUGGAAUCUUUGUGCAUACAUCACCAUCAACAAGUUUUGGCUAUGUUGAAAUUUCUAGUCCAAGAGCAGAAUGCUGCUUCUAUUUGCUGUUGUAACUCAUCAUGUACUAUGUCUUCAGAAUCUCAAAAACCCCUAUUCGAAGAUGAUUUACAUGGUCUGUUCUGUAGCUGUGAAUAUAGACUGGCAGAAAGAGGGUGUUUACACAAUGAGAGACAAAGCCCUGGUUUAAUGCCUCUGCCAGUCUGUAUUAAAGAAUUACAUUGUCUGUCUUGUCAAACUGUAUCUGUUGAACACAUUAAGACAGUAGUGAAUAGUGGUAUUGAAAGCAGUUAUAAUGCACACAGGUGCUGUUGUGGACAGUUAGCAAAGAAUAACUCGACAAAAUCAGCCUUUCAUAGUCCUCUUUUGUCAAGGGAAGUUUGUGAUCUUUCAGUCAGUCUUAAAGAUGCCUGUAGAUCUCGAAGUCCCUCCCCCCCACCAUUAUCACCUGUGGAGACUGGAGGAUUUGAAAAGUGGAAAGACAUCGUCUCAGAGCUUUCAACCUUAGAAAAUAACAAACUUGAGUCAAGCAUUAAUCAGCCUCCAUCUCUCACACCAGCCGAGAUAAGCAUUCACAAAUGUGAUCAAGACAGCAAAAUAAAUAAAACUAAGCAGUCCAGUAACUUUGAUUCUGUGCUCUUGGAUACCAGCAGUAGUUAUACCUCAAAUUAUGAAAAGGGUGAAACAGCUGUAAUUUUUCAAGAUUUAAUGGAUCGUAUUAAUGAAAAAUUAAAAUCAAUAGAAACCACGGAUACAUCAAACCUCAUGAAAUUAUCUAGCACUGAUUGUGAUUCAGAUAAUGAUUUUAAAUUGGGAAAUUUAAUAACAUCUCUCUUGCACAGUGCAACAGCCAGUGAUUAUAGUUUUAUGGAAUUACUAAGUCAACAUGAUAAGAAGGUAGAAAAUAAAAUUAUUCAAACAAGAUUUCGAAAGCGUCAACAGACCUUAUUUGCCAUACACAACUCUCCUGAUUCACCUGUGAUCAGAAGGCAGUCUUUACAGAUAAAAAGAGAACUUGCCAGUCUUGAUGAAAACUUUCUGAGGAAAAGAUACAGUGAAAAAAAUCCAAGAAAAUUGUCAUGCAAUGAUAAGAUGCUUUCAGUGAACAAAGAAUUCCAGGCUUGUCAAGAACCUUUAAAAAAUUCUAAGAGCUUUCAAGAUGAAAAUCAUACAGAAACACUUUCUUCACCAAAUGAUGUAGCGCCAUCACUGCAGGUACCUCUUGAGAGCUUAGGAACUAGCAAGGUUUAUGAUCAAUUUUCAGAAAACAUUAAAGCAACUUCAUCUGAGAAAAUGAGCCAAAGAAAAUCACCAGAGAAAUGUACAGCUGAAAAACUGACUGUACAAAAUAAUAGUGAAAAUACAAAACUAGAGAAUACUCAAACACUUUUGAGAACGGAUGUUCCUUGUCUUUUAAGCAGAACUAAACGAAAUAUUGUGCCUCCAGGGUGGUAUUCUAUAUAUGUAACAAACAAUUCUGUUUCCAAAAAAUUCCCUGAGGGCAAAAGAGUAUCAGACUCUGCUCACAGCAAAGGUCCAGUCAAAGAUCCAACUGAAAGUCUCCAAAAUAGAGACUUAAACAAAAUUGCAAUGAAUUCUAAUUUACAAGUUGUUGUGGAGCGUUUGGAAGACACAAUAAAUAUGGCUCAGAGGUCUUGGACUAAUCAAGCACAAUCUGAAGGAUUUAAAGCCUCCAAGAAAUUGAUAGGAACAGACGGUAAAGACCAAAGUGGGACAGAUUUGACCUGUACUUUAAGUAGAAUGGCUUGCAAAAGUCAGGGUUUAUCAAAAUCUGUAAUACCAUCUAGCAAUAAAAGAAGUUAUGAUAUGCCUGUAAUGGAUUUGAACAAGAGACUUCAUAAUCCAAAAAUAGCACCCAUUUUAGAGAGAGGGGGCAUGACAUCCAGUGUUGAAAGUGUGCCAACAAAAUGUGAAGGAAUUGAAAGUUCUGUUUCUAACUAUUCUAGUCCUAUCAAACUCAUGUUUUUAUCUGAGAUUAAAAACAGUGAAGGAAUCAAAUAUACCUUAACUUCAGUCAGCACAUCACAGUCAAAUGCUGAGGUUUCUUCUCACAAACAUAAAACACAUCAAGUAAGUGGAAGAAAAAGAGAAGUAAAGGAAGACAUACCAUGCAUUAGCUUUGAAGAUUACAGUUCUAAUCAUGAUAUUAACUGCCUUCAAAGCAAAAUAAACAAAUUUAACUGUGUACAAGAGGCCACACCAUCAUCUGCAGAGUUUACUGACAGUUUAAACAGUGAUAAGCCACAAGAAGACCCUGAGGGAAAGUCAAGUGGUGGUGUUGACUUACCAUAUAAAAGAAAGCCAGGGAGGCCUAAAAAAAUUGGCCCCCAAGUUGUGAAACAGACUAAACGACCAAUUGGAAGACCACCCAAACCUAAAGCUGAUCAAACAGAUAUCAGUGUUGGCCAAAAUGAGUCUUUUAAUGCUGGAAAGAAAAAUCUAGAAUGUCUAUCAGAAGUGAAAGAAGGUCUUUAUAGAAAGAGUAUUACUGUCACUGUUGUUUAUGGAAGGUCAAGAAGAACUAAGAGAUGUGUUUCUGAAGGAAGCAUGAACAUCAGCAACAUCUCAUUGAACAAUGAUAUCUCUGACUUUGCAGUUAACUCUAGUAGCCUCAGAAAUGCUAAAAAUUAUGAGACUGACUGUGGUGGAAGUCUAAGUGCUGUGUCAAGAUUGACAACUGAAAGUGGGGUUUUUUAUUCUGACUUUGAAUAUGUUAGACCCAUCAAGACCAAGUCUGUGAUCCCUCAGGCUUCCAAGAACAUUAUUCGACCAAAUCAAAAGCCUUUGUCAAUUGUUAGGAAGCCGGGGAGACCUGCAAAAGUGAAAAUCUCUGGUAUAUCCGUGACUGUUAGUAGAAUUUCACCUCAGGAAAGAGAAGUAUGCCUUAGCAGCUGCUUACCUUCUUUAGAACAGGAGACUAUGUUAGAGAAAACUUGCCGAGAAGAAAAGCUUGACCAACAGGGUAGUAAGUUAGAUAAGGUCAGACCCACUGAUGUUGACAUAUUUAAGAAUGAAUCAAAUAGUGAUGUUUCUAUACCUCCAAAACAUUCAAUCAGGGCCAGAAAACCUUUCCAUUUCUUACAUUCACUUGCAUCUUCUGGCUCGCUUACUUACAAAAGUGGUUUGCGUCAUAAAUCGUGUAAAUUCCAUUUGCAGAAAGGCAAAAGUCCAAAGAAGAAAUACAGGCAGUCAAGUUUUAAAUUAGCUUCCAAAGGAUUCCCAGGAUCUAGACGUUCAAGGAAAGCAGAAAAAUGUUUGGAAGAUAAAAAAUUAAUGCCCAUUUCUGAAGUAUCCUUGGACCCUGUUAUUUCUUCUAGUCCUUUACUCAGAUGGUGGGCUACUUCUGCUUCAAAUGAUUCAUUGUUAGAGGAAUUGAAUAAUAGAUUUGAACAAAUAACAAAUGCUUGGGUGCAGGUGAGUAGAGAUGAAGCUCAAAAUUCCGUUCAUAGAGCAGGCUCCACUGAAAGCCAUGGUUUUAAAGCAGCAAGCCCUCUGGAAACCUGUCUUGUAGAACUUGAAGUCUCACCUGUAAAAAUGCUUUUUCAGAAAAAGUAUAAUUUGAAUGAACUUUGUACCUGGUUUAUGCAAACAACAGAAACACAGUCCCUUUCUUUAGUUAGAAAAGCAAAUGCUCGAAACCCUUUGGAAGUGAUAAGUACCAAGGGCAUUAAAUUAGGGGUGAAAUGCUGUGGGUUUAAUGCCAGCCCCUUCAGGAAGCACUUUAAAAAAUUUGCUGUCUCCUCUCCUUCAAAGUCAGCAGGGAAAUUCCAUAUACUACAUAAAAUGAUUGGCUCACCACUCUUAAAUGUGAGAAGAAAUUUAACACUAGCUAGGUUGAAAAAGACUGAGUUUAAGAGUUUGCACUGUGAAAGGUGGAGAAAAGAGGAAAAGCCUCACAGCCACAGAACAAUUGAUUGGAACUCAAAAAGAAGGAACUUAAGAUUUUUCUGCCAGAAUCAAUUUUUGACUAAGACAGAGAGGGAGACAAAUGCAAUGACAUCACUCAGUGGGAAAAGUACAGUGGGUAGCCAGUGGGCCUUGCCACCGGAAACCAGAGUCAACUUUCCUCAAGAGAGGGUGGCAGUUAAUGAUGUCACCACACCUGAUAGUUUAGAGAGUAAAGUUAAGUCAGAAGCAAAGGAGAAUGAAACAGGGUAUGGCCAGACUGGUUCUGAAAAGGGACAAAGACUAGAAAAUGUGUUUUCCAAUAAUUGGAAGUCAAAAACUUUAAAAGACUGUAGAAUAUUUUUGAGGAAGAUCAAUUGUCUUGAACACAGAAAUACUUUUAAGCUAAAUACAAUCAUUUAUUCUCCUGAAUCUGUUGACAAUGAGAUCCAGGUGCAAGGAGAAGAAUCAAAGCGUUUUAAUUUAAGGUCCCAUUCAGCAAGGCAAAAUUUCUUUAAAACACAAAAUAAAGAAAGAGGAAAUGCCAAAGCAACUAGUCCUGCAAGUGAUAGAUUGACUGAUGAACUUGACAGUAGUCAGUUAAGUAAGCUGGUUAAUUUUGAAAAGAAUCCUGAUCAUUCUGAGGCUCUUAGCAAAUUAAACAAAAGAAAAAGACCACCAUGGAAGACCACAGAAAUGCCACCUAAAAGACAUAAACGACAGUCUUGCAACAAUGGACAAAAGGCAAAUUGUACAAAAUCCCAAGUAGGUAAGUUUUUCUCUCCUUAAUCUUAAAGUUUCAUUGUAGGUGCCUUGAGUAAAACAUAAGCUAGUGGAUAGAAAAGGAAGAGCUACUUGGAGUCUAAUUUAUUUCUAAACUAUUUGAACAAUCUCAUUUCUUGGCACCUAGUAUGAAAGCCCUGAAAUUAGGUGCUGCUAGGUGUGGUGCACUUGGCCACUCGGUAUCAAACAAAUACAUUAGAAGAGACAUGAAGAGCUUCCUGAAAAUACCCAUGAAUAUAUUUGAUAGAUGACUGUGACAACUAAAACUUCACUACCACAGGCUAAUACAUGCUUUUCCUUCUCAAAACUAUGACAAUAUGCAGAAAACUGCUAAGACUCAUUUAAAGACCGUGACACUAAUCCUAGGGUGUAAAUCUUCCUUAUUAAACUGUUACUCCAUUUGAUAUUGCUUUGAAAACCUGCUGCAAGACUGCUUAUUAAAAAACCAGGAACUAAAAGUUUCUCAGUGAUCACCAAGUAUGUUAAGUGGACUUCUGUGUUUCAGACAUUGAGCUCACUUGUAUAGAUAUAAAGAGGAGAAUUCCUUUGUAGCUGAGCAAGUCACUGUUAAGGUCAUGGCAAAUUUAGAAUGCAAACAAAUUAAAUUGUAGUAAGAUGCCUUACAUGGGUACCCCAGGGAGAUUAUUACCCUUUUGAAUGUAAAUGAAGUGAAAAUAUGAACAUAGUAGUUGCCAGCAUAGGUAUUUCCAUCUGUUUUUCUAGUAGGUUCUGGACAGUGCAAGAUACUAGAGAUGGGAGACCAUGAAAGAAUGCCAGGUUACAUUUAGAAAGAAUAUUUUAUGGUUUGUGUUAAUUUUUACAUUUUAUAGUUUAGAGAAGUCUUUGAGGGCUGAGGGAAGUAUUGGUGUCUUACCAGAGUCGAUAGCAUCAGGUCUGAUUUAAACAUUGAACACGCCAGGCAGUGGUGGCGAAUGCCUUUAAUCCUAGCACUCGAGAAGUAGAGGCAGUGAAAUCUCUGUGAGUUCAAGGCUAGCCUGGUCUACAGGAUGAGUUCCAGGACAGCCAAAGCUACAUGGAGAAACCUUCUCUUGGGGAAAAAAAUAAAAUUAAAUGCAGCAAUUAAGUUGAAAAGUUUUAAAUACGCUAAUGGUUUUGUGUGUACCCCCAAUUCAACUAGGUAAAUAAUUUUAACAUGCAAAAUUCAGGACUAUGUAACGUAUAAUGAUUAAAAAUUUAAAUAUCUAUCAUGAAAUGACAAUAUGCUUAAAGGAUGUCAAAGUAGAAUAUCCAUUAUGAAAGGUAAAUAAAAACUAGAAAGAAUACCUUGCUUGUGAUCCUCAAGAAGGCUAAAAAAUAACAUAACAAAUGCCAUGUCACAAAAAUACCUAAUAGAGAAUUUUUAAGUUUCACAAAGAAUAAAAUAUAGUUUCAUUUUUACUUCUGUUUCAUCUUCAUCUCAUAUUACAGAUUUUCAAAAGUAAUUUGCAUUAAUUCAUUUUCCAACAGAACCGUAUAUUAUCCUUGCAGCUUCUCACCCAUUGUAUGUCCUAACAAUCAAACACAAUCUUACUUUAAUAUUAUUCUUUACCCUGCCAAAUAUAAGAUUACCCUAAAACAGGAAGAUGGAGAAUAU